AAUACAAGUACACUAUCUUCACCUUUGCGGUCUAUACUUUACAUAACCUCCAGUCUUUAUUUCUCUAUCACUACGUGCGCACAAUUACACAGGUGAACUAGCAACAUAUAGCUACGCCAAUUCAACACAAUAAAAGAGACAAUCAAUCAUGCAAUCAUCCGGUACGAACCGAAUAAACCCGACCGAUACGAACAUGGCCGAGGCCACGAUCACAGAAGCGUCGCUCAAAGCGGCACUAACCGAGCGCUUGAAGGCAAUCCACGUCGAAGUCACCGAUAUGUCCGGCGGCUGUGGCCAAUCCUUCACAUCCCUAAUCGUAUCCCCCCAAUUCGGCGGCCAAUCAAGCCUAAAACGACACCGCGCCGUAAACGCAGCAUUGCGCGAUGAAAUCGCAGCUAUCCACGCUUGGAGCGCCAAGUGUCAGACACCAGAUGAAUGGGAGCGCGACAAGGCUUCUAAGAACGAUGAUGGACCGCCGUUGGAUGGGACGGUGAGGGGGCAGGUGCAGGGUGUUGAUGCUUGAGAGGAUGAUUGGACUGUUGCGCAAGAUAUACAUGAUCUACGGAAAAGAAAGACGGGAGGCCGUCGCGAUCUAGUAGAGAUGAUUUUGGGUAUAUCCCAAAAAGGCGAAUACUCCUCGGAAUGAAAUAAGUGCCCGUUGUGGGGAGGCAAGCGAGGAGAGGGGAGAGAAGAUGAUUAUACCAAGGCGAAUAUAACUUUGAUCAGGAUGUGAGCAUAAAGCACAUGAGGAAGCACAUCAGUCAGGCGAGAAUAUGUCCUCAUA